GGGGCGGGGUGGGGAGGGGCCGGAGUAGCCGGGGGAGGCCGCCUGAGCCGUGGCUGUGGCCGCUGCCGCCGCCGCCGCCGCUGCCUCCGCCGCUACCGCCGGAGUGGUCCCUCCCCCUCGCCCGGUCAGCGCGGGGAGGGAGGGGCCGUGGUUGGGGCCCGAGUUGGUUUCGGGUAGGUUGGGACUUGGUAACGUGAUUCGGGGGCUUCGCGCGUGUCGAUAUAAACCUUUUAGCACCGGCCCGACGCUUUUAGGCGAAACUUUGGAGACCAGGCCGGCAUUCCUCCUCCUCUUCCUCCUCCUUCUCAUUCAGCCUCCAUCCUUGGUCGUCCUCCAUAUCUUUCUCCUCCUCCUCUUCCUCCUCCUCCUCCUCCUCCUCCUCCUCCUUCUCCACCGGGCAGGCCGCUGGUCCCGCGCCUCUCCAUCAGGAGAUUCUUCCAAGACCUUUGGUGGUGACUGAUGCCCAGAUUAGACGAACACUUCUGGAGUUGUUCUUGCACUACCAGAGGGAGGCAUAAAAACAACCUGAGUGCUGGCGCUGCUAGGCUGACUGAGAAAGUGGAAGACAUGCUAACUCCCUCAGUCUCCAGUCCUUCACUGGUUCUGGUAGGUGAAGGUGCCAUCAGCACUGAAGCCACAGACAGGAACAGGAACACUAACACCAAGAGCAACAGCAAUAGAGCCCCCAGUAACAGUUGGCACCAUCAUUUGGUGCAGCGAAGUGUUGUGCUUUUUGCAGUCGGUGUCUUCCUAGCCCUGGUCCUCAACUUGCUUCAGAUACAGAGGAAUGUCACGCUAUUCCCAGAAGAAGUUAUUGCCACAAUCUUUUCCUCUGCCUGGUGGGUUCCUCCUUGUUGUGGAACAGCAGCUGCUGUUGUUGGUUUGCUCUAUCCCUGUAUUGACAGUCACCUUGGAGAACCUCACAAGUUUAAGAGAGAGUGGGCCAGUGUAAUGCGCUGCAUAGCAGUUUUUGUUGGUAUUAACCAUGCAAGUGCUAAACUGGAUUUUGCCAAUAAUGUUCAGCUGUCAUUGACUUUAGCAGCUCUGUCUUUGGGCCUUUGGUGGACUUUUGAUCGUUCAAGAAGUGGCCUUGGGCUUGGAAUUACAAUAGCAUUUCUAGCAACUCUGAUCACUCAGUUUCUUGUAUAUAAUGGUGUUUAUCAGUAUACAUCUCCUGAUUUUCUUUAUAUCCGUUCUUGGCUACCAUGUAUUUUUUUCUCAGGAGGUGUGACAGUGGGAAACAUAGGACGACAACUGGCUAUGGGUAUUCCUGAAAAGCCACAUAGUGACUAAAGUCUUCAGACUCAUAGAUGCCAAUAUGGAAGCAAAGUUGGGAAAAGAACCUGUGAUACUGGAUUGUGGUUGAAGAGUUUUUUUUUACCCUGAAGAAUCUAUUUAGAUUGGGCCAACUGCACAAAUGACCUGGGGGAGGACCAGAAGGGUGGGGUGGGGUGGGGUUAAAGAUGGUGGAAUAAUAAUCUACUCUAGAAUAGCCAAGUGGAAAAAUAACUGCUUAUCUUGAAAUCUUACCUCGAUUUACUGCAUAAGCAUUUGUACCUGGCUGUGCCCUGAAAGGAUUUAUGCUAAAUUGUGUUAGGGAACUUCAAGUAUUAGAUUUCAUUUAAGUUAUUGAAACAGUUGCCAUAUUUCAAAGCCUUGAACUAAAAUUAAAUUGCAAACUAUUCCUUUUGUAUUUGUGCCCAAGAGGUAGAAUUGAUGGUGCUUGACAAAGGUGAGGUAUGGUGUAAUAGGAAUAAUAUUUAUCCAGAAGAAUAAAAAUAGGGUUGUGUUUCAAAAAAAAAAAAAUAGAGGUGAUCCAUGUCAGGUUGUAGCAUUAACUUAAUGCUUCAGGAAUUGUGCCCUCAUCUUAAUGCUGCAAUAGCGCACAUACACACCCAUACACUCAUGUAUAUCAGCAGUAUAUCAACUAUACUUUUUAUCCUAACAGUGAAGUUUUAUGUAGACAAUCUUAUUGGAAGCAAAUGGCAAUGAAAAGUGUCAGUUCUACAGUGUGGUAUCUUGCUGACAUUUUCACCUCUGUUUAUUUAAUUCUUCCUGAGAUCUGUAGACAUCUAACGGUAGCUGUAGAUCUCUGCCAUUUGCUUCAUUCUAAAUGAGCCGAAAUUAUUUCUGUAUUUCUCUGUUACUAUAGAAUAGAGAUUGCAACUUUUUUCACAGCCCUAUAGGAUUUGCAAUCUGUGAUUGCCUUGUAAAAAGAAGAGUGCAUAUGUCACUGCAUUAAACAUUUGGUGUUUCUAAAUAUCAAUUAUAUUGGUGAGCACAAUGUAUUCAGUUAAUGGCAUAGACCACAUUAGACCUAAUUUGCAACUAUUGGGUCUUAAACUUAAAGUGCAAUGUAUAUUAAAACCAAUCUGAGCCUUGUAUUCUCUUCAAUAUUUAUUCUUUUUUUUUUUUCAUAUGAGAUGUUAAAGAGAAGGGUUCAGCAUUUCAGUACUGCAUGGAGGCAAAAAUUCAGCAAUAAUUUCUUUCACUAGAAAAGAUAUUUUAUUGUUGUGCCUUCCAUUUGAACCCUGAUUCUUUGAGAAACUCCAGUUUUGUGGUUAUGGUAUAGUUGUAAUUUUUUCUCACAUGAAUCGAGUUUUUUUUUUUUUGUAUUAUGCAAUGUAAAUGUUUUCAGUUUGUUUUAAAUCUUGUUAAGAUGAUUUUUCACAUCUAAUUAAUUGGUUGUCCUUUUAAAUUGAUGUCACCAGUCAACAGAGUGGAAUCUUGGGCUAAAUAGCUUAAGAAUGGUUUUUGUGUGUAUAUUUAUGUGGUGGUCGUCCUUUUUUUUUUCUCUUUUGAGGAAAAUAUAAAUGCUCUUGGUGCAAAACUCUAGAAAGCUGUAACUGAUUACUGUAGAGAAAAGUUGCAAAAGUGGGGCGAUUCUAAACUUGUAAAGGAUCCCUUAUAAAUAUUCUAAAAUUGAAAAUGAACAGUGAUGGGAAAAGAUUUUGUUGUCAGAAUAGUUAUUCCUUUCAAAACCAGAAGUAAUUAGCAACAUGCAGUAAUUGAAUAUAUCAAUUUAUACUUGAUCAUGUAUAAGCAGUAAGUGUUUGUUUUUCUCAGUUAAACUGGAAAUUAUUCUGUACCUACUAGAUUUAAUACAGCCAAAAUGUGAAUCUGGUUCAGUUUUUGCCAAUACUUGUAGCAAGUAAACAAACCAAAGUGAUCCGAGUUUGUAAAAAUCUAUGAACAAAAUUUGCACUACUCUGAAUUUGAACAUUUAGGAAGAUUCACAUUGAUACAGAAGUUUUCAACAAGUGUGGUGUUUUUUGUUUUUUUUUCUUUUGCAUUUUUUUUACUAUUAUUUCAAGAAUUUAUUAAAAGGUUCAAGACCAA